AUGGGCCAGAAAAUCUCAGGGAGCAUCAAAUCCGUGGACGUACGUGAACCUCCCUACCAAUCGGUGAAGCGAGACCUAAGGGGCCCCGACUUCUGCCGGCCGGCCCGCCUGGACCUGCUCUUAGAUAUGCCCCCAGCCCGGGCGGAGGUCCAGCACCAGCACGCCUGGAAUCCCGAGGACCGCUCGCUGAACAUCUUCGUGAAGGAGGACGAUCGGCUGACCUUCCACAGGCACCCCGUGGCCCAGAGCACAGACUGCAUCCGAGGGAAGGUGGGCCAUGCCCGAGGACUCCACGUGUGGCAGAUCCACUGGCCCACCCGGCAGCGGGGUACCCAUGCCGUGGUGGGGGUGGCCACCGCCGAGGCCCCGCUGCACUCGGUGGGCUACACGGCGCUCGUGGGCAGUAACAGCGAGUCCUGGGGCUGGGAUCUAGGACGCAACAGACUUUACCAUAAUUGUAAGAACCAGCCCGGCGUGACCUACCCUGCCUUCUUAGAGCCAGAUGAGGCAUUCGUGCUUCCAGAUUCUCUACUAGUAGUUUUGGACAUGGACGAGGGCACGCUCAGUUUCAUUGUGGACGGACAGUAUCUCGGUGUGGCCUUCCGGGGGCUGAAGGGGAAAAAACUCUACCCAGUUGUGAGUGCUGUUUGGGGCCACUGUGAGAUCACAAUGAGAUACAUUAAUGGACUUGAUCCGGAGCCCCUGCCCCUCAUGGACCUGUGCCGAAGAUCAAUUCGCUUUGCCCUCAGUCGGGAACGCCUGCAUGAAAUAGAAUCGCUGCCUUUGCCUCAGUCUCUGAAAAACUAUCUCCAGUACCAAUAAGAAGCCUGAAGCCCUUCUGGACUCAAAAUAGACUAAAGCAAUGCACCCGGCACAAUGAAUUGUUUACAUCAGAAGCAAAGUCUCA